AUGUUCUACACAGUGGACGACGAGCUCCAAGAAAACGUCUCUGGAAAUGCUGGCCUCGCAGGGCUACUCGUCGAGAGCCCACUGCCUGUGAGACAUGUCCAUAAUGUCACAGUACCAGGAGCUGCUGCUGGCUGGGUUGACACCGUCAGUACCAUGGGGUCUGGGAAGUUAUCUCUAGAGGAGAUUCUGGAGCCAGCCAUUCAGCUGGCAGAGGAAGGAUUCCCCGUGGCACCCGUGACAUCACAGCUUGGGGAGAGGGCACUAGCGGAGCAUGGAAGCUGCUCGGGGUUUGGCUUGGUUCUACAGAGGCAGAGUGGCGAAUCCAUUGUGAGUGUGUCACAGUCACGCGGAGGACGUAAUGACACUGGCUGA